AUGCCUUCGAGUUCACGUCCAGACGCCUUCAUCAGCUGGCUGUCCUCACUCUUCCGCUCUCACCCCCACACCAACGAAGAAAUCCAACUCACGCAACGCUCAAGCUAUCCUCCUAUAGUCGAAGUGGCUGCAGUGCGUGAUAAGCAGACUUUGGUUGUUGCUCGGGGGCCACAAUUCGAGAAGGCAAAACGAGCAUAUGAGCAACAAACCCAAUCGCACCGCCAAGCCCAGGCGUCAUCAUCGCACAAUCAACCUGCCGAUGCCUCAACAUCCACGACACCUUCUGCUCCAGUCCCUGGGUAUAUGCAAUGUGCUAACAAGCAGACCUGCUGCCUCGCUUGGCUAGAGCAGUACAUCCCGAUCUUCAAUCGCCAAUCGCCUGCGCACGAACCUGCAUUAUGUAAUACAACCGCGCUCAUUGUUGGUGACGAUGAGCUCAACAUAUCCCACUUCUUACUUCUUGAUAUCAUUUUUGCGACAAUCUAUACUAUGAUUUUUACGAAACCUCCCUUGAUUGUACUCGCUCCGUUGCAACCACGGAGCAUGUCGACAAUCCCAGUCGUUCCAGGGACCAGCAGUCUUGUUUGUGUUCGUGUGCAUUGGGUGAACGGGAGGUACGGAAGGGUUGCAGGAUAUGCAGAAGGUAACAGAACGGUACAGGAGUCCGGACGGUCGAAUGUAUGGCAACUACUGAGGGUAGCGCCAGCGAUCCUGAAGGCAUUGGAGCUGGCGGCGGAAUGGAAGGCGGCGCCUGCGAUGACGAGCUAUAUGUUCAUACUACGGGUAGAGGAAGAUUUGAAGGAAUCAUGGAAAUGA